GUAAAUUUGCAGAGAAUUCAGUGCGCAGUAUUCCUCGUACAGCUUACUUUCGGUAUUAGGUCGUACAUAAGUAUUCGUGUUAAUUCAUAAAUCGAGACGCAAUCUCGGUUUUAUUAGGGAAUGUAAAUUGGAGUUGUCACCAGCGAUGGGCUCACUCCUCUAUAGUUUGGUUUCAAAAAUUAAAGCCUCACCAGUUUCACAUUUACUUCUUGUCAUAACAUUUCUGGUAUCUGGGUUGGUAGUUAAUUUGGCUCAGUUGAUACUGUAUUUCGGAGUCCGCCCUUUCAGCAAAUAUUAUUUUCGCAAACUGAACUAUUAUGUGGCAUACUCACUUUAUUGCCAGUUAUUGUUUGUUGCGGAGUGGUGGGGCAGUACUGAUCUGAUAAUUUACAUAAAUAAAGAUGACUUUGAGAAGUAUUAUGGAAAAGAGCAUGGCUAUUUAUGCAUGAACCAUCGAUAUGAAAUUGAUUGGCUUAUGGGCCUGCUGUUCUGUGAUCGAAUACAUAUGCUGGCGAAUUGUAAAACUUUUGCCAAGAAAUCAAUCCAGUAUGUUCCAACUAUGGGGUGGGCAUUCAAAUUUGGUGAAUGUGUGUUUCUUGAUAGAAACUGGGAAAAAGAUAAGGAAACCAUUGGCAGACAGCUAAGAGAACUUGUAGAGUAUCCUGAUCCCAUGUGGCUAUUGCUGACUGCUGAAGGGACACGUUUUACACCAGAAAAGCAUGUAAAUAGCCUCAAAUUUGCAAGGGAAAAAGGCUUGCCUGAAUUAAAGCAUCAUUUGACACCACGCACCAAGGGUUUUACAGCAAGUAUACCCUACUUAAAGGGAAAAGUUGGAGCAAUAUAUGAUGUACAAUUUGCUUUCAAAAAAACAGAAACUCCUACUAUCAAUAACUUUCUACAAGGCAAAAGUGUGGAAGCUCACCUCUACAUUGAUCGUAUUCCUGUAGAAGAAGUACCUACAAAAGAAGAAGAAUGUGCUGCAUGGUUGCAUCAAUUGUACCAGAAAAAGGAUCGAAUGAUGGAUAGCUUUUUCAACACUGGUGAUUAUUUCACGCAAAGUGAUGUUCAGCGCGUUGAACCAUUUCGUCUCCCUCGACGAUACUGCAGUUUGUUGAAUACUCUGUCCUGGGCAGUUGUUGUGUUGGUACCGAUUGGCUAUGGCUUACUUAAACUCCUCACCUCUGGCUCUACUGUCUACUUUAUGAUUGGUACAACAAUCAUUGCCAUUUUUUUCGUGGUUCUUUACAAGAUGAUUGGAAUCACAAAAAUUAGCAAAUCAUCAUCUUAUGGUAAAGAUAAACCUUCUAAGGGAGAUACCAAAAAGACUGAGUAACGGAUGGGAAUGUGCAUGGUAAUGCUAAUUUGUUCCUUAGUUAUCACAGUAGCGUUGUGCAGCAACAGGUUUUCUUUAAACAUUUUAUGUUUAUAUGUUCCUGUGGGUAAAAGUUGAUGCACCAGAAGAGAAGACUAUCAGUACAUGUAAUCACCUUUCUUCUUUCUGUACAUGUCUGUCUCCCGAAACAAAAUGAAAUUUUACUUGGGAGGCACAGAGUAGUACUAGAGUUGUAUGGCUCAUGAAUAAUUUGAAACCUGAACAGUUUGUAUUAAACUACAUGUAGUCACCAUCGCA